AUGACUAUCCCGCCACAGAAUCCGGCAGCACACCCGCCUAAGAAGACAGCACUGAUGCUUCUGGAUUUCCACCAGCUGGUCGUGGACAUGAUCCAGCCGCAGGAAACACAGGAUCGCCUCUGCCAUGACGUUCAAAGCCUGCUCAAGUCUGCGCGCGCCAAUGGGUCUCCGGUUAUCCACUCAAUGAUGGGUUUUGAACAGGAGCCACUAGCCAAGAGCAAGGUCCGCCAAACAUUUGAAUCGAAAUACAAACCUCUCCUUACCUCUGCGCCGGAGAAGCUCGUGGAGUGGGAAGGCUUCACUGAUAACGCAGCGCCAGCCAGCCACGAGAUUACCGUUUACAAAAAACCUGGCUGCGUUUCGGCAUUGAAGACCUCAGAGCUUUUACACUUCCUAAAGGAGCAGCACGUUAUUGAGAGCGUCAUUAUUUGCGGUGUCAUCACAAGCGGCGCUGUGCUUAGCACCGCUCGCGAAGCCGCUGAUCUCGGAUUUACGACGACAGUAGUUGAGGAAGGCUGCUGGGACUAUGCGCCAGAGACACACGACGUCGUUCUACACAAGGUUCUGCCCAUGACAGCCUGGGUUGUGAAGAUGGAAACAGCGCUCAAGCUUCUUGCUGGCAAGUCUGAGGCGCUAGAAGACACAAAGUAG